AUGCAUUGGAGACAUUCCGUUGGUCGACAACGGAACGGAUGGGGGAACGGGCCGUACCUCCCAGCCAAUAGGAGGCACAGCCGGAACUCGCCGAACCGCGAUCAACGAUGUUCAACAUCGUUGAUCGUGGUGUUCCUCCCUCACCCCUCACUGCAAAGCAACCCUGAAACACAAAGAAAGAACCGCGUUCAUGUCAAUAACGACGCAACAAAACGACUGAGCCCCUCCCCUUGCGACAGGGAUCCUCUCGUCCACCACCACCCGCUCGCCCACCAUCGCUCUCUCGACCAGGCGGAUGAUGGCAACGGCAGGCACAAGACGACAAGGGCGGGCACAGGACGAGGGCGGGGGCACGACAAGGGCGGGGGCACAACAAGGGCAGGGGCACAACAAGGGCAGGGGCACGACGAGGGCAGGGGCACGACAACGACAACGGAGGGCACGACAACGACGGGGGACACGACAACGACGAAGGGGGACACGACAACGAUGGGGGACACGACAACGACGAAGGGGGACACGACAACGACGGCGAUGGCGAUGAGGGAACGACAACGACGGUGGCGGCGGGGGCACCCUUCACCCCCGCCCUUGCCCCUCGUCCACCCCCUGUCAUCUGCCUCGCCCUGCCUCGCCCUCUCGCCCACCUCGUCCGCCUCUCACCCAUUCGCCCUCACUCACUCUCGCCCUCUCGCCCGCCUCUCACUCUCGCCCUCUCGCCCUCGCCCUCUCGCCCUCACCCUCUUGCCCCCACCCUCUUGCCUUCGCCCUCUCGCCCACCUCUCCCUCUUACCCGCCUCGCCCCUGCUGUCUCACGACGACGACGACGACGGGCGCAGAACGAUAACGGCAGGCAAAGGACGACGAAGGUGGGCAGAGGACGACGAAGGCGGGCAGAGGACGACGAAGGCGGGCAGAGGACGACGAAGGCGGGCAGAGGGCGACAACGGCAGGCACGACGACGACGACGGCGGCGGGCACCCUCUCUGCGUCGCCCUCUCCCCCUCGUCCAUCGCUCGCUCGCCCUCUGCCUCGCCCUCGUCCACCCCUCGCUCGCCCUCUGCCUCGCCUUCACCCUCUCGCCCUCUCGCCCUCUCACCCUCUCUCCUCUCGCCCUCUCUCCUCUCUCCUCUCUCCUCUUGCCUCUUGCCUCUCGCCCUCUUGCCUCUUGCCCUCUCCUUUGCCUUUGCCCUCUCACCCCUCGUCCACCCUCGUCCACCCCUCUCCCCCCCUCGCCCGUUCGCCCACCUCGCCCUGUCACCCACUCACCCACUCACCCUCUCGCCCAUUCGCCCGCCUCGUCCGCCUCUCGCCUGUUCGCCCUCUCGCCCGUUCGCCCUCUCGCCCAUUCGCCCUCGCCCAUUUGCCCAUUCGACCGCCUCUCCCUCUCACCUUUCACCGUCUCGCCAUCUCGUCCGCCUCGCCCUGCCACCCUUUCGCCCUCUCGCCGCCUGCACGAGCGCGAGGAGGAGGGAGCACGAGGAGAACGGCUUCCGUACCGCUCCCAUCGAACGCAGCGUGCAGGAUGAUUUCGAUCUCUGGGCUGUUGCAAAGUCCUGGGCUCCCAUUGAUGACCCAAACUACACCCUCGAUUCGACCGACAACCUGUACAACAAGGUGCUAGAAUGCGAGAUGUGCAGAGAAGGCCACAUGUUGUGUGGAGAGAUCUCCAUCACCAGGAGUAUCUCGACGAACUACUACAGCAGGCAGGAAGAGGGGAUUUUCGUGGCACUACCAGCUGCCCUGAUUGCAUUGCGCGCCAUGAGGAUGUUCCAAAAAUGGGAGGGCUCUAUAUUCGUCAAGACAUCAUUAAAAGACUUGGGCCUCAAGAUCCAGCUCAAUCAUUCAGGGUCGUUCUGCUCCAAUCCCAUCCUGUGUCAUUGGCGCCAUCUCCACUUGCUCAAGAGAGGCAGCCAUGGUCAUGACCCCUGUGGCACUGAACAGACUGAACCUGGUGCUCUUGCUCUGCAGUGCCCAUCUUGCCCACACCCUGGUAUAAACCUACCUCCUGGAUUCGAAUCAGUCGCAGCAGAUGAGAAAUAUCUAUACAUGAAGUUUAUCUGUAUGGAUGCCAACUUUUGGUUAAAGAACCAGUUGGUCUCCAAUUACUCUCAAGACCCCGGGCUCGGUGUUGGGUGGGCAUACAUGUUGCCCUGCCUCCCUUAUGAGCAGUAUGUUCUCAGCUGCAUGAAGGACGAAGACAUUAGUACAUGUGUCAGACUUCAAGUGCUCGCUCAAGCACACACGAAGAACACAAAAGGAUUGCAGUAUACCAGGGUCGGUGGGGCGUUUUGCGGAAGGUCAGAGAUGAUUCUUCCUCAGGGCGUGGGGAAUCUGCAGAAAGGCGAACACUACGCAAAUAUGGAUUUCAUUUUUGGAUCCGUACUCGCCACUGUCUUCCUUCCUCUGGUACUCAUCAGCUAUGACAUCACCUGUCAAUGGUUUGUAAACCUGAAGAAACGAGUUGAUGAGCACUGGCCAGAGUCGCUCCGAGUUCCUGAAGGGACAAAGCUCAUACCUGCAAUACCAAAACUACAUGAGCCGAUGCAUGAAGCCACUAAUCAUCAAGUUUUUUUGUUGAACUUCAUACCCGGUGUUGGGAAAUCCGACUUGGAAACCCCUGAAUGUGUCUGGUCAGCACACAAUGCCCUUGGGAAUUCUACAAAAACACAGGCACCUGGGUCGCGACAAGACACCCUUGAUGACAACUUUCAGUUCUGGAACUGGCGCAAGUAUACGGAAGCACAUCACGGCCUUAUGGAGACGCUUGAAGCAGUGGUGGUCAACAAGUGGGAGAAGACGUGCCUCCAGUGGGAAAAGGACCCCUUCCUGAAAACAAAACCUAACCCUUACCACAUGGCGAGCACUACUUUGACGGAGGCUCAAGUGCAGAAGGAACUCAACGAAGAAGAGCAACAACACCUGGCUGCAGGCGCAACACCUCUCCAUGCCACCACUGCAUCCUUGUUCAUCACGCUGGGGCUUGAACUGGAAGAGACCCAGGCCUGGGAGAAGCUGGUUCCAAUUUACCUACCAGGUAUUCUGCAGUAUCAAGCCGACCUCCAAGCAAUGAAUCCGAGCCUAUGUGCUGCGCCAGGGUAUCCAGAAGACUCCAAGUUAUGGCUGCCAUCUGCUGUCGACACGCAAGCUCGUCCGAGGGUUUGCCUUGAUGGCCUUCCUGAAAUUGAGGAGAAACUCAGAACUGCGCAGUGCCACAAUGCAUUGGAAGGGAUUCGCACUAUACUGACUAUCAAGAGUCGUAUGGUGGCAUUCAAAAACAAGAAUGUACGAGGUCAACGAGAAGGCACUCGAUCAUGUGUUGUGAUCGAUCGCGUUCACGAGAGGGCAAGGGCAGCCACUGAGAAGUAUCGAGCUGCACGAGCUGUGAAACUUGUGCUUUCUGGGCCAGGAGAUUGGGUUCAAGAGCUGCAAGAGCUCGCCGACGGUGAUAUUCGGGGCUAUCAAGACCCUAACUGCCUUGGUCCCUGCCCUGGACGGCGAGGAACUCUUGAGGACAACCUAAUCGCAGACGGUGCAGGCGACUCCAGAGCACCUACUGAAGAACCACCAGAAUUGACACUAUUCAAUGAGGAACGGACACGGCAAGAUGGAACCGGUGAAACCCGGCGCACGCUUUGUUGGAUCUGGCUCACCAAAUCUCGCAGCCCGAAGCCGAACGACGCCAACAACAAUAUUCUCAGCUCAGAGUGGGCCAAAAGCCAAGCACAAGCAACACAUUCAAAGGAAGAAGUGCUCCUACUAUGUGAGGAAAUGAGGAGGACACUCGAAUAUCUCACCUGGAAGGCGAAACAGUGGAGAAGCCAGGCGAAGGCCUGCACCCUGAGUGCAGAUCUAUCCGAGGGUCUGAAUGCGUAUGCUCUUGGUCAGGCUCUCAUCCAAGACAGGUUGGCUUCCGCAUUCCGCGCCCUCUGGAAAUGCCCCCUUGAAGACAGCCUUGACGAUAUCCACAAUGCAACAUUACUUCACCCUGAUGAUGACGAGGCAGACGGCAAUGAGGAUGUCAAUGAAGAUGCAGAUGGCAAUGUUUCGGAUGGAGAUGAAAGGGAGUAA